AUGGAAUAUGAAGGGCACGCUCUGUCACUGCUUAAGGAAUGUGAACUCCAGGGAUUUGAUGGUGUUGUCUGUGUUGGUGGAGAUGGAUCUGCUAGCGAAGUAGCCCAUGCUUUGCUUCUGAGAGCCCAGAAGAAUGCUGGGAUGGAAACAGACCGAAUCCUGAUUCCUGUCAGAGCACAGCUUCCACUUGGCUUAAUACCAGCAGGAUCUACCAAUGUACUGGCACAUUCUCUUCAUGGAGUUCCUCAUGUGAUAACUGCAACGUUGCACAUUAUAAUGGGGCAUGUACAGCUGGUGGAUGUCUGCACCUUCAGCACCGCUGGCAAGCUUCUUCGCUUUGGGUUCUCAGCCAUGUUUGGCUUUGGUGGAAGAACUUUGGCUCUGGCAGAAAAAUAUCGAUGGAUGUCCCCUAACCAACGGAGAGAUUUUGCUGUUGUUAAGGCACUGGCAAAACUUAAGGCAGAAGACUGUGAAAUAUCAUUUUUACCAUUUAACAGCUCUGAUGAUGUGCAAGAAAGGAGGGCACAGGGAUCUCCCAAAUCUGACUGUAAUGAUCAAUGGCAAAUGAUCCAGGGUCAGUUCUUGAAUGUCAGCAUUAUGGCAAUUCCUUGCCUGUGUUCAGUGGCACCUAGAGGCUUGGCACCUAAUACCAGAUUAAAUAAUGGAAGUAUGGCUCUUAUAAUUGCCCGAAACACUUCUCGGCCAGAAUUUAUAAAACACCUGAAAAGAUAUGCCAGUGUAAAAAAUCAGUUCAAUUUUCCAUUUGUUGAGACUUACACUGUUGAGGAAGUAAAAGUUCAUCCAAGGAAUAAUACUGGUGGAUAUAAUCCAGAGGAGGAGGAGGAUGAAACUGCUUCAGAAAAUUGUUUCCCUUGGAACGUAGAUGGUGAUUUAAUGGAAGUUGCAUCAGAGGUCCAUAUUAGAUUGCAUCCAAGACUUAUCAGUCUUUAUGGAGGAAGCAUGGAAGAAAUAAAUGAUUCCAAAGUAACAAGUAAUUGUUUCUAA